UAUUUUUUGCUCUUCCCAUGACAGUUAUAUUAGUUAUUUAUAUUUUGAUUGCCGUAAAGUUAAAACAGACUAAUGGGAAAAUAAUAACCAGUCCUCCUAAUGUUAAAAGGGACAGGAAUAAAGCUGUCGCAAUGCUGGCAGCUGUAGCAGCUUUCUUCUUUAUAUGUUGGUUCCCGUACUUCAUUCUACAACUAAUGAUGAUCAUACCACGCUUCAGAUUAGAUGAUUAUUUCUAUAUGUGGCAAGUGUUUGGAUAUUUGAGCUUAAUCAACAGUUAUUUAUCAACUGCGGUUAAUCCAAUUCUUUACGGACUUAUGUCGCGCAGAUUUCGGCAGGCGUUUAAAAAUUUGUUCGUCGGGAAGAAAUCAUUGGUUAUAGAAGGCGCCAAUCAUAUACCAACUCUAAGGACCAGCAUCACCGCCAAUGAAGGAUUGAAAAAAUUACAUCACCAAAAUACUUUUUAAGGAUGAAGAUAAUC